CCAGUGGGCUCGUCAGCCGGCAGCCGGGCAGAUCGGUGCUAGCAGCUGGGUACAGCCGCAGCCGCAGCCGCCACUAUGCCUCUUCUCGUACUGCCGCUCCUGUUGUGCCUCGCGGCCGCCUUCUCUCCGUUCUACGACGUCCCGCAGCCGAUGAUAGAAGCCCUCAAGCCGCGAGGACUCCGGAUAUCCAUACCAGAUGAUCUGGGUGUGGAGCUGUUUGCUGUGCACGCCAACCUGAACAAACCCAUCUCACCGCUGGAGGCUGGCCAGAUCUCAGUGGACAUCACCAGGCCGAAGGGUAGCCGCUGGGUCUACGAGGACCGUCGCGUGCGCCUCAAGCCUGGUGACGUCAUCAAUUACUGGCUGUACGUGCAGGUUGAUGGGCAGGGGUACCGCCUGGACGACCAGACUUUCGUCGUCAAAGAGCUGGUUGAGCCUGGAAGUGGAAAACUACAAAUGUGUGAACCCACCAUCACAACAGUCAAUGGAAAGCCUACCUGUAAGGGACAACUAAUAUUCGAAGAAAGUUUCUCCAUAUUCAACCAGAGCAAAUGGCAGUAUGCUAUCCAGCUAGCAGGAAGGCCAGAUUACCAGUUUGUACUGUAUACAGAGAACCCAGAGAACUCUGUUGUGAGAGAUGAUAAGUUGGUUAUUACUCCAACAUUGCUGUCUCCAGAUGACAGUGAUUACAUUUACUAUGGACAUAUUUCUGUUCCAAGGUGCACAGGCCUGCCAAACAGUGCUGAGUGCGACAAAACAGCUGCUGCCUGGUCAAUCCUGCCACCAGUGCAGUCAGCCAAACUGCACACAAAGUAUUCAUUCUCAUUUGCCUAUGGUGUUAUAGAAAUCCGUGCUAAGUUACCUAUGGGUGACUGGAUUUUCCCUGAGAUCUGGCUUGAACCAAAAGAAAAUUACUACGGACACCUCAACUAUCAAUCAGGGCAGAUCAGAAUAGCAAUGGCACGAGGAAAUGAAGAUUUAACAAAAGAUGGGGCCCAACUUGGCAAUACUUUACUUGAAGCCGGCUGCAGACUUGGCCUGAAAACAAAAAUUCGGAAUGAGAUGUACACAAAGAGUAACUGGACACCUUUUGGAUCUGACUUCCAUGUUUACAGAGUUAUUUGGGAUAAAGAUCAGCUGGUGUUUGUUGUCGAUGGUAUGGAGAUUGGAAGAGUUCGACCACCACUAGGUGGCUUUAGUGGCUUGCAAGAAUUUGCUUCAUCACCUACAGUUCCUUGGAAGUCUAAACUUGCACCAUUUGACAGAGAGUUCUACAUUACUUUGGGUGUUGGAGUUGGAGGACAUCUAGAAUUUCCUGAUGGGUGUUUAUCACAUAAGCAUCCAAAGCCAUGGAGAAACAGGGAAACAAAGUCCAUUCUACGUUUCUACAAGGACUUAGAUAACUGGUAUCCAACAUGGGAUUCUCAGAAGUCUGCACUGGAAGUGGAUUAUGUGAAAGUAUGGGCUGUGUAGUUUAUUUCUCUGCCUUGGAAGUCUAAGUUAUUUUUAUUUAUUAGAGGUUUAUCAUAUUUCAAAUUCAGUAAGUUUGUUUUCCAGCCAGUAAUUUUCUUUUGGAUAUGCAAUGAAAUUAAGAAAAUAAAAACUUUUUUUAUAAAUAGAA